GCGACGGCAAGGAAAAAAGGACCCGCCGGGCACUCUCGCGUGUGUUUUGUUGAGUCUGUUGGACAAGAAAAAAAAAAAGUGAAAAUCUGGGAGAGGAUCCAAAUCUUCCCAGAUGUAACAGAAAACAGCCAUAUAUGCAAGGUGGAAGCAUCCUUUAAAGGAAACCAGAGCCAGUAUAAAGACAUUUUUACCUCCAAGGUGCUCAUCAGACAAGUUUUAGUUACAUUUAUUGGAGAAACGGCAGAGAGAUAGACACCUUUAACACACGUGACUGCUGAGCCAUAGGAAUCUAAACGAAGUUCAGGUAGAAAAGAUAAAGCACAAAGGGUAGUUUAAAGAUUUAGCUGGAUAAUAAGACAUCCUGAGCUCUGUUUCUCACAGCUGCCUGAAACUUUGAUGCUACAUAUUCACACAUUUAUAGUUGGAGGAUUUGGUCAUCCUGUGCUUGUAUCACUGGAAAAAAAACAACAGAACAUUUUUUAUUGUACCUUUUCUUUCACAUGCCUGGUGGAAGACAUCUAGUUUGCUUAAAUGGAGAAUUUCAGCAUCAAAAGGACAAAUUGUAGAGGCCACCGUUACCUCAGUAUCAACUGUAAGAUAGCCUAGCUCACCUCAGCUCAGCUAGCCAGUCCGUGACUCCUCCUACCCCUUCCCUCUUCUCCUGCACCCCACGUAGUACCCCUACCCACCCCCUAUCUCUUUCAAGUGAGCUGCCAUGACAUCGGUGCGCUUCACCGUGACACCCACCAAGGCGGAGGACCUCCCGGGGGCGUCUGACUUGUCGCCUGACAUCAGCCUCCGCUCCGGUUCCCGUGUGCACUUUGAGUCCGAGAGCGCCAACAGAAGCGACCCGAUCAGCGAGGCAUCGGGAGGCGUGACGACGACUUCUGCGACAGGAGGAGGAGGGGCUGACACGCCGGAUCACAGCAGCAUAGACCAAGGUGAAGGAAAUUCCAAAGCCUCCAGUGUGUACAUCAACAGCAAUCAUCAGGUGGAUGAUGACGACUUCUAUGACAAAAACCUGGCCUUAUUUGAGGAGGAGAUGGACACUCGGCCGAAGGUGUCCUUUCUCCUCAGCCGCCUGGUCAACUACACCAACCUGACUCAGGGGGCCAAAGAGCACGAGGAGGCUGAGAGCAUCGGUGAAAAGAAAAAACCCAGCAAGUCACCGCAGAUGGGGACGUUGAUGGGCGUUUACCUGCCGUGUCUGCAGAACAUCUUCGGCGUCAUCUUGUUCCUGCGGUUGACCUGGGUGGUGGGAACCGCUGGGGUGCUGCAGGCCUUCUGCAUUGUCUUCAUGUGCUGUUGCUGUACAAUGUUGACCGCCAUAUCGAUGAGUGCAAUCGCCACCAACGGAGUCGUACCAGCGGGAGGCUCCUACUUCAUGAUAAGCCGCUCUUUGGGUCCAGAGUUUGGGGGGGCAGUAGGCCUGUGUUUCUACUUGGGCACCACCUUUGCUGGAGCCAUGUACAUCCUAGGAGCUGUCGAGAUCCUUCUGAUGUACAUUUCACCCAGCGCAGCUAUUUUUGAAGGUGAAGGAGCAGCCAUGUUGAACAACAUGAGGGUCUACGGCUCCAUCUUUCUCCUCUUCAUGGCCCUGGUCGUUUUUGUGGGCGUCAAAUACGUAAACAAACUGGCCUCCGUCUUCUUGGCCUGUGUCAUCAUCUCCAUUUUAUCCAUCUAUGUCGGAGCGCUGGUCUCUGCCUUCAGUGUGCCGCAUUUUCCCGUGUGCAUGCUGGGAAACAGAACUAUCAACGGCCAUUAUAUUACUGACAAUCACUGUAGUAAAACAGUCCUGGGUAAAGUUCCAGCUGAGAAAUUAGACAGCAACUUCACAGUUAAUGAACACAGCACAGCAGGCCCCACUUUUGACCCCAGCCACGUUCCUGAGGUGAUGUUGGAGACGCCCACGUGUAUUAGGAUGAUUUUUUGCCAAAGCUCAGAACUCAACGCCACCUGUGACGAAUACUUUACUUCAAACAACUUUUCUGAGAUUAAAGGGAUCCCCGGCCUGGCUAGUGGGGGCAUUUCAGAGAAUCUGUGGAGCUCCUACCUCAGCAAAGGGGAUGUUUUGGAGAAAGGAGCCCUCCCUGCCUCUCAAGUUGCACAUCCACCAUCAGAUCACCAUCCAUAUGUGUUCGCUGACAUCACCACCUCCUUCACAGUGCUGGUGGGCAUCUUCUUCCCCUCAGUCACAGGAAUCAUGGCUGGCUCCAACCGGUCAGGGGAUUUAAAAGACGCUCAGCGCUCGAUCCCCAUUGGAACCAUCCUUGCCAUCCUCACCACCUCUUUAGUCUACCUGAGCAACGUUGUGUUGUUUGGAGCCUGCAUCGAGGGGGUGGUUCUCAGAGACAAGUUUGGAGAUUCAGUUAAAGGCAAUCUGGUGGUAGGGACUCUGGCUUGGCCUUCUCCGUGGGUCAUUGUGAUCGGCUCCUUCUUCUCCACAUUCGGCGCCGGCCUCCAGUCCCUGACCGGCGCUCCUCGACUCCUGCAGGCCAUCGCCAAAGACAACAUCAUCCCCUUCCUCCGGGUGUUUGGGCAUGGGAAAGCUAACGGGGAGCCCACGUGGGCCUUGCUGUUGACAGCUCUGAUUGCUGAGCUGGGGAUUCUCAUCGCCUCUCUGGACAUGGUGGCUCCCAUCCUGUCGAUGUUCUUCUUGAUGUGUUACCUGUUUGUGAAUCUGGCCUGUGCCCUCCAGACCCUCCUGAGGACACCCAACUGGAGGCCUCGCUUUUCAUACUACCACUGGUCCUUGUCGUUUCUGGGGAUGACUGUCUGCCUGGCACUCAUGUUCAUAUCCUCUUGGUACUACGCAAUUGUUGCCAUGGUGAUCGCUGGCAUGAUCUACAAGUACAUUGAGUAUCAUGGAGCAGAGAAGGAGUGGGGCGAUGGGAUCCGUGGUCUGUCACUCAGCGCUGCCCGUUAUGCUCUGCUGAGGCUGGAAGAGGGACCACCACACACCAAAAACUGGAGGCCUCAGCUGUUGGUGCUGCUCAAACUGGAUGAAGAUGCCCACGUCAAGUCUCCUCGCCUCCUGACGUUUGCCAGCCAGCUAAAGGCAGGAAAGGGCCUGACCAUUGUUGGGACUGUUGUCUCCGGGAACUAUCUACAGACCUACGGCGAGGCGCUCGCUGCUGAACAGACUCUAAAGCACCUGAUGGAUAAGGAGCGCGUGAAGGGCUUCUGCCAGUGCAUCGUGGCUCAAAAGCCACGCGAAGGUAUCAGCCACAUGAUCCAGUCAAGCGGCCUCGGAGGAAUGAGACCCAACACUGUGGUGAUGGGCUGGCCUCAUGCCUGGAGGCAAAGCGAGGACCCACAGGCCUGGAAGACCUUCAUCAACACGGUGCGGGUGACCACAGCGGCCCACCUUGCCCUGCUGGUGCCCAAAAACAUCUCCCUCUUCCCUAGCAACACCGAGCCCUACACUGAGGGCUACAUCGACGUCUGGUGGAUCGUCCACGACGGGGGGAUGCUGAUGCUUCUGCCUUUCCUACUGCGACAGCACAAGGUGUGGCGUAAGUGUUCAAUGCGAAUCUUCACAGUGGCGCAGAUGGAGGAUAAUUCCAUCCAAAUGAAGAAGGAUCUGCUAACCUUCACCUAUCAGCUGCGCAUUGAUGCUGAGGUGGAAGUAGUUGAGAUGCAUGACAGUGACAUCAGUGCGUACACCUAUGAAAGGACGCUGAUGAUGGAGCAGAGGUGUCAGAUGCUCAGACAGAUGCGACUGUCUAAAUCAGAUCGGGAUAGAGAGAGGGUACGCUGGAGUUUUGAUGAUGCGUAUCUUUCCCCCAGGUACAAAAGUCCUGGAGUCUACUCGUCAAACACCUCCAGAGGAGACAGAGACAGACAGGCGCAGCUGGUGAAGGACCGUAACUCCAUGCUGCGUUUGACGAGCAUCGGCUCAGACGAUGACGACGACACUGACGGCGGCGAGCGAGACAGGGCGGCGAGCAGCGGCAGCUCCGAGCACCAUCGCCGCGUUCAGAUGACGUGGACCAAAGAGAAGACCACACAAUACAGAGCGACGCACUCCGGCUGCUCCACGCCCGAGGGCUUCAGGGACAUGCUGAGCAUCAGGCCGGACCACUCCAAUGUCAGGCGAAUGCACACCGCCGUCAAACUCAAUGAGGUCAUUGUCGCCAAAUCCCACGAUGCUCGACUCGUCCUGCUCAACAUGCCGGGACCCCCCAAGAACCCUGAAGGAGAUGAAAACUACAUGGAGUUCCUGGAGGUCCUAACAGAAGGAUUGGAGCGCGUUCUGUUGGUGAGAGGCGGAGGAAGUGAAGUCAUCACCAUCUACUCCUGAUUAGACAAACACAGGAAGCCAGCAUCAAACAAGCAGGAACGUGCAGGAGAGACCAGAGGGAGAUGGUGGGAUCUGGGGGCUCUGUGGGUGCAGGGGGUGGGGUCCAAAAAAAAAAAAAA